GUUGUUGUAAUCAUUGGUUGUAAUGAAUGAUACAGUGUGAUUUUCGGCAAAUUUUCAAUAUUUUCUUAUCUUCAUUUAAUUACAAAACUAUAACACAAAAUGACUAUAGUUGAAUAUAUAGAAUCACUAUCACAAAAUCCAUACUUUGGAGCAGGAUUUGGUUUAUUCGGGUUAGGCGCCGGGGCAGCAAUAUUACGCAAAGGGUUUCAAACUUCUAUACUCUUAUUUAGAAGACAUUGUAUGAUAACACUUGAAGUUCCUUGUCGAGACAAAUCGUAUCAAUGGUUACUACAAUGGAUAACCCAGAAGGGAGCUAAACAAACACAGCACCUUAGCGUAGAAACUUCAUUCUUGCAAAAGGAUACUGGACAAAUAAAAACCAAAUAUGAUUUUAUACCUAGUGUAGGACAGCAUUUUUUCAGAUAUGGAGGACAUUGGAUCAAAGUGGAUCGCACCCGCGAGCAGCAUACACUGGACUUGCACAUGGGGAUCCCUUGGGAAACUGUUACUUUAACUUCUUUUGGCCGAAACAAACAACUCUACUAUGAUAUAUUGGAAGAAGCACGAACUAUGGCUUUGAAGCAACAUGAAGGUAUGACAGUAAUGUACACAGCAAUGGGGUCUGAGUGGCGACCAUUUGGACACCCUCGAAAACGCCGGCCUUUGAAGAGUGUGGUGCUACGUGCUGGUGUGGGAGAACGCAUAUUAGCGGACUGUCUAGAUUUCAUCAAUAGUCCUCAAUGGUACACUGACAGGGGAAUACCUUAUAGAAGAGGCUAUUUACUGUAUGGUCCUCCGGGCUGCGGCAAGUCGUCUUACAUAAUGGCGUUAGCAGGUGAAUUAGAGUACAACAUAUGCGUUCUCAACCUAUCAGAAAGGGGUCUAACAGAUGACAGGCUGAAUCAUCUUCUCAGUGUUGCACCUCAGCAAUCCAUUAUAUUAUUGGAGGACAUAGACGCGGCAUUCGUUUCAAGAGAGGAUACCGCCAAACAAAAGGCUGCUUUCGAGGGCCUCAACAGGGUCACUUUUAGCGGACUCUUAAAUUGCUUAGACGGUGUAGCAUCUACAGAGGCACGAAUUGUUUUCAUGACCACAAAUUAUUUAGAAAGGUUAGAUCCAGCAUUGAUUCGCCCAGGACGUGUUGACAUGAAGGAAUAUGUGGGAUAUUGUGAUCAAGAACAAAUAGAACUCAUGUUCUUAAGAUUUUACAAAGGAGAAAAAGCAGCAGAUCAUGCUAGAACAUUUGCUAGAAGCGUUCUUCAAAGCAAGAAGGAGGUCAGUCCAGCCCAAAUACAAGGCUAUUUUAUGUUCCACAAGCAUUCGCCUCCAGAAGCAGUCUUAGCGGACGUAGAAACAAUAUGGACUUUAGGUUGAUGUACAUUGUAAAUUAAUAAAUUAUUUAAAACAAAAUUGUGUUUCUGAAACAUACUAUAUUUAAAUAGACAAUAUUCCUAUAAUAACUGAAAAGUUAACAAUUUUAGUCAAUACUAAAAAUACCAUACAUAGGGUUUUAUCCAAGUAUAUUUUUUUCGGACAUACAUUAAAAACUUAAUCUCUUAACAUGAUAAUAAAAUGUAACAAAGGCUCAUUACCGGGCUGCACCCUAUCUAUAAUUAUAUUAAAGUUAUACAAAUAAAACGCUACAUUCAAAGUUCUUCACAAUUUGCCAGCCACAGUACAAGUUAACAAGAGGUAAAAAAAUAUUUACACAUAUUUCAAACAAUAAAAAGUACGAUUAAUUGAUAUAUACUUGUAAAUUGUUUUCGUAUACCUACUCCAUACACUUGUAUCCAGAAAUUGAUAGCGUUGUACUUGCAUUAUCUCUUUAUUGUUAAAGAUAUUUAAAUACUUACAUACAUAUAUUACGUUAUUCUACCGUACGCGGUAGACAAGGCGAACAGUUUCAAAAGACUGAAAGACCACGUUCAACUGGAUGAUGACAGGUUGCUAGCCCAAAGAAUGAAUAUUUUUUAAGAAAA